AUUGCUUCCUUACCCAACUAAAACAAUUGAACUCGAAGCCAUUGAUUCUACAUUGCAAAAUUAUAUAUCAAAAUCAAAAGUAAUUAAACCAUUCAUCGAAGAUCGUAUAAUAGAUGUAGCUCAAAAGCUUCAAUUAGUUGAAAAUCAAUUAUCAAUUCACGAACCAAUUCAUUUCGGAUACACAAAAUACUCUCCACAAGAAGCAAAUCAACAAUAG